AUGCUCAAGGAACAGGAACGACAGCGUAUACUUCAAGAGCGAAUCAUUCCGCUGCCGGAUCUCGAUGAAUGCGAUGAUCUUGAGGAAGUCUACAAUCAGAUGCGCGAACGUCUAAUUGCCUUGGAAAGCGAGAACUACGACGUAUCGUACACAGUACGACAGAAAGAUUUUGAAAUCAACGAGCUCACCAUUGCAGUGAACGAUCUUCGUGGAAAAUUCGUGAAGCCUACACUGAAGAAAGUGUCAAAGACUGAGGGUAAGUUUGAUAAGCUGAAGAAGAAAGAAGCCGCCAAAGUCGAUUUCCGUUCCAACCUGAAGCAAGUCGACAAGAACCAGUUCGCUAUGGAAGAGGAAGGCAAAGAGAAAGCGAAGGCCGACUGGGUGAAAUAA